UGCCCGGGUGACGGCGGGAGAGGUGUCCACGGAGCAGCUGACUUUUGCUGAGAGAAUUCCUAGUAACAGUUCACUAUGGGGGAUAUUUUGGCUCACGAAUCUGAAUUACUUGGACUAGUAAAAGAGUAUUUAGAUUUUGCUGAAUUUGAAGACACCUUGAAAACAUUUUCAAAAGAAUGCAAAGUAAAAGGAAAACCGUUAUGUAAAACAGCAGGUGGAUCUUUAAGGGACUCUAAAUCAUUGAUUAUUCAGAAGGAUCUCGUGGCUGCCUUUGAUGGUGGAGACCAGAAGGUGUUCUUCGAUUUGUGGGAGGAGCAUGUUCCCAGUUCCGUYCGAGAUGGUGACUCCCUUGCUCAGAAGCUGGAAUUCUAUCUUCACAUUCAUUUUGCCAUUUAUCUUCUGAAGUACUCUGUAGGGAGGCCGGACAAGCAGGAACUGGAUGAACGGAUUUCUUAUUUCAAAAACUACCUGGAGACGAAAGGGGCAGCGUUGAGCCAGACCACCGAGUUCCUUCCUUUCUAUGCCCUCCCUUUUGUGCCCAACCCCAUGGUACACCCUUCAUUCAAAGAGCUCUUCCAGAAGGAGAAUGGACAAAACAACAAAGAAAUGCUGCAGCAGCUCCACCAGCAGUUGGUCGAAGCCGAGCGUCGGUCAAUGACGUACCUGAAGCGGUACAAUAAGAUCCAGGCCGACUACCACAACCUCAUUGGAGUCACAGCCGAGCUGGUGGAUUCCCUGGAGGCCACAGUCAGUGGCAAGAUGAUCACCCCGGAGUACCUACAGAGUGUCUGCAUCCGCCUCUUCAGUAACCAGAUGCGGCAGAGCCUGGCGCACAGCGUGGACUUCACGAGGCCUGGGACGGCCUCCACCAUGUUGCGAGCCUCCUUGGCACCCGUGAAACUGAAGGAUGUCCCGUUGCUGCCCUCCCUGGAUUAUGAGAAACUGAAGAAGGAUUUGAUCUGGGGGAGCGACCGCUUGAAAGCCUUCCUGUUGCAGGCUCUGCGCUGGCGCUUGACCACAUCCCAUCCUGGGGAGCAGAGGGAGACGGUUCUGCAGGCGUACAUCAGCAACGACCUCCUGGACUGUCAUAGCCACAACCAGAGGAGCGUGCUGCAGUUGCUGCACUCCAAGAGCGAGGUGGUGCGGCAGUACAUGGCCAGGCUSGUCAACGCUGUGGCGUCACUAGCAGAAGGCCGCCUCUACCUGGCCCAGAACACUAAGGUGCUGCGGAUGCUGGAGGGAAGGCUGAAGGAGGAGGACAAGGACGUCAUCACCCGGGAAAAUAUUCUUGGGGCCCUGCAGAAGUUCAGUCUCAGGCGCCCACUGCAGACAGCGAUGAUUCGAGACGGCCUCAUCUUCUGGCUGAUUGACAUUCUGAAGGACCCGGAUUGCCUGUCUGACUACACACUGGAGUACGCCGUGGCUUUGCUCAUGAACCUCUGCCUCCGCAGCGCAGGGAAGAACAUGUGUGCCAAGGUGGCAGGCCUGGUGCUGAAAGUCCUUUCGGAUCUCCUUGGCCACGAAAAUCACGAGAUACAGCCAUAUGUGAACGGAGCGCUGUACAGUAUCCUUUCUAUUCCAUCCAUUCGUGAGGAGGCAAGAGCAAUGGGGAUGGAAGACAUCCUGCGCUGCUUCAUCAAAGAAGGCAAUGCUGAGAUGAUCCGCCAGAUGGAGUUCAUCAUCAAGCAGCUCAAUUCCGAAGAGCUGCUUGAUGGCGUUCUUGAGUCUGAUGAUGAUGAAGAUGACGAUGAUGAAGAGGACCACGACACCAUGGAAGCUGAUCUGGACAAAGACGAACUGAUCCAACCCCAGCUGGGAGAACUCUCAGGAGAGAAGCUUCUGACGACGGAGUACCUGGGAAUCAUGACCAACACCGGAAAGGCACGGCGGAGGGGGCUGGCCAGCGUGCAGUGGAGUGGGGAUGAGCCCCUGCGCCGGCCUGUCACCCCCAGUGGCCACAGGACCGGGUGCCCAGUGUAAGUCCAGGCUAAAGGAGGCGGGAGUUUAUGUUCUUAAGCUUCACUUUGAUUAACUGACGUAUAAGAUGUGUAUAUUUAAAAAUGCAAAAUAAAGCAUUCA